CUCAUUUACUGUCUAAAGUUGAGAUGGGAUGUCCCAGAUGAUAGGGCUCCUGGGAUUUCAGACCCAAGACCAGCAGGACUCCAGUCACCUCUACCCCAGCUCUCCAGGACACAGCACUCCCAACUCUGAGUGACGUCCCACCUCUGGUCCUUGCAGCACAACCAACGUGGGAAUCACACCCUCCAGACCUCCCACAGCUCCACCCCAGACUGGGCGCUGGCCCUGCCUCCAUUUCAGCUGUGACAACCUCAGAGCCGUGUUGGCCCAAGCAUGACAAGGACGUAUGAAAACUUCCAGUACUUGGAGAAUGAGGUGAAAGUCCAGGGGUUUAAAAAUGGGCCACCUCCUCUCCAGUCCCUCCUGCAGCGUCUCUGCUCUGGGCCCUGCCAUCUCCUGUUGUCCCUGGGCCUCGGCCUCCUGCUGCUGGUCAUCAUCUGUGUGGUUGGAUUCCAAAAUUCCAAAUUUCAGAGGGACCUGGUGACCCUGAGAACAGAUUUUAGCAACUUCACCUCAAACACUGUGGCGGAGAUCCAGGCACUGACUUCCCAGGGCAGCAGCUUGGAAGAAACGAUAGCAUCUCUGAAAGCUGAGGUGGAGGGUUUCAAGCAGGAACGGCAGGCAGGGGUAUCUGAGCUCCAGGAACACACUACACAGAAGGCACACCUAGGCCACUGUCCCCACUGCCCAUCUGUGUGUGUCCCAGUUCAUUCUGAAAUGCUCCUGCGAGUCCAGCAGCUGGUGCAAGACCUGAAGAAACUGACCUGCCAGGUGGCUACUCUCAACAACAAUGCCUCCACUGAGGGGACCUGCUGCCCCGUCAACUGGGUGGGGCACCAAGACAGCUGCUACUGGUUCUCUCGCUCUGGGAUGUCCUGGGCCGAGGCUGAGAAGUACUGCCAGCUGAAAAAUGCCCACCUGGUGGUCAUCAACUCCAGGGAGGAGCAGAAUUUUGUCCAGAAAUAUCUAGGCUCCGCAUACACCUGGAUGGGCCUCAGUGACCCUGAAGGAGCCUGGAAGUGGGUGGAUGGAACAGACUAUGCGACCGGCUUCCAGAACUGGAAGCCAGGCCAGCCAGACGACUGGCAGGGGCACGGGCUGGGUGGAGGCGAGGACUGUGCUCACUUCCAUCCAGACGGCAGGUGGAAUGAUGACGUCUGCCAGAGGCCCUACCACUGGGUCUGCGAGGCUGGCCUGGGUCAGACCAGCCAGGAGAGUCACUGAGCUGCCUUUGGUGGGACCACCCGGCCACAGAAAUGGCGGUGGGGCGGAGGACUCUUCUCACGACCUCCUCGCAAGACCGCUCUGGGAGAGAAAUAAGCACUGGGAGAUUGGAAGCACUGCUAACAUUUUGAAUUUUUUUCUCCUUAAUUUUACAAAGAUGGUAUAGUGUUCUUAAGCUUUUAUUUUUUUUCCAACUUUUGAAAGUCAACUUCAUGAAGGUAUAAUUUUUACAUAAUAAAAAUGCACUCAUUUAAAGAGUAGAGAUGACUUUGACAAAUAUGCAUGCCCAGGUGACUACCACUCCGAUCGCAAUAGAUAACAUUGCCAUCACCCCCACCAGUCCCCUCAUGCCUCUGGGCAGUCCAACCACUUCCCUGUUUCCAGGCCAGUGAUCUACUUUUUUUUCACUAUUUAUUGGCCUUGCCUCUUCUAGAGCUUCUAGAACUUCAUAUAAGUGAAAUCAUACACUCUCGUGUAUAUACUUCAUGUAAGUGAAUAUAUACUCUCAUGAGAACUUA